AUGAACAACAACCCCCUCGAGCAAUUGGACCUCCAGGUCCCUGGCACUGACCAACCCGACACCACCCAACCCGAAAGAAAGCGCGACAAGAUUCGCAAGUUCUUCAGCAAGUCAAAGUCAAAGUCCAAAAAGGCAUUGAGCCAGACCUCGAGUGCUCAGUAUGCCUCGCAGCAGCAACCUGCGACACGAACCUCCGUCGCCUCCCAAGCCAGCAUUGACCUUUCGCCCACCCCUCUGACUCUGGACCACAUCCGCAUCGACAUCUUCGCAGAGAAUGUUCCCAAGCCAAUCCUCAAGGCUGAGCUGCCUAGUCUGCAAGACCGCAUUGAGAGAACCGAUCAGUUGCUCUACUGCAACGCCUUGCUUCUUCAGAGCGAAUCAGCUCUACUUGCCACCACUACAUGUGAAGAGGCGAAUGACGACUCUGCCAAUGUCCUCGAGGAACAAGGUCUCGACAAGACUCAAUUGGACUGGCUGGCAGCGACAAAGGCCGAUCCUAUGCAAGAGGACCACAUACGCUCCCUCGUUGUCCGAAUGGUGGAGACUUUUGUUUCGGACGCUUCCAAGAACUCGACAAAGAUCGCCGAGAUCGUAGCACUUGGACCCAUUCUGCAGAAGGAAGACUACCGCAAGUUGCUAUCGUCCAUCAUCAAGGAGUUUGACGAUUCUCCUCUUCUCGAUGUCAAUCUGCUUCAGGGUCUUGUGCAGUUGGUCCAGGCUGCCUCCCCCGAGUACCUUGUCUCUGAUGACUUGAUCAGGAUCCUUAGUAUCCUCAGGAUCCGUUUGCAAGGCACUCACCAGCAGACGUCUGAGCAUCCGUACCACCUCACCCUUGCCGUCUCUCGCGUCCUCGAAGUCAUGGCUGACAAUAAAGUGCAAGAUCUGGACCGAGUCAUUGAGCACGAGCCCCUGUCCGCGGUGUUGCAGAGUCUGAAGGACACCACCGAUCCCUACCUGUUGUACCAGGCGUGUUAUGCCUAUCAAGCACUGCAGUAUGUCCCUGAUGAUGAGACUGUACUUCAAGCUGUCUUGAGGCACACUACUGGCGUGGUUGAUGGGUUGAUCAAAGUUUCUGGCGUCGUCAAGUUGGAUCUAGGCGCUGUUCUUGACGGACUAUGCAGCCUGCAGGAAGCCUUUGUCAAGGCUAUGGAGAUUGCUGGCUUGACCUACGAAGGCGUAUGCUCGCUGUUGGAAAGUAGUCGAGGAGUGUUUGUCAGCCUGAAGGAGGGACUGAGUGCUGGCCAGAAACGAGCAUGGUAUCCCGCCGUCCGAGCAGCUUAUGCUCUUGCUGAGGCUGGGCAACUAAAGGAUCUGAACCAGUUCAUUUAUAGAGCACCCUGCCACCACGACCCUAUGUUCCAGUGGGGCAUCUGCCAGCUGCUAGGUGACAUUGCUGCCAAUCCGGUCUGGAGUGUCGAUAUUCGCCUGCAAGCCAUCCGUCUUCUUGGUCACCUCUACCAGAACGACCAGGAAUGGGCCGAGGACCAGAGCGUCAAGAUCUGGAUGCUGACUAUCAUCGACAGGCUGGGAAAUCCCUACGACCAAGCCAUUAGCACAAGUGCUUGCUCAUUGCUGCAGGAUCUCGCCUCAGACGCGACUCUUUCGAUGCGACACCCCUAUCCAUUGAUGGCUCGUCUUCUCAUCCCUGACCCAUCCCCGGUCCUUGCCAAGGUUCAGCAGCUCUCUUGUUUUGAACGUGAAUUGCAUCUGAUGAAGAAUCAAUUAUUGAAGAUGCGCCGACUCGAGGAGGCGACUCAACCUGUCUACAUCUCACCUAUGGCAAAGGCUAGCCUCCAGGCCUUGGAUAACGACGUCUUCCCGCUAAUCGACAAGGUGCAGGGAUUCUUGGCCAGCGACCGCCGGGUCAUGUUAAUCAUGGGCGAUUCUGGAUCGGGCAAAUCGACAUUUAACAAGCAUCUCGAGUCGGAACUCUUGCGUUCCUACCGCAGCGGUGGGCGUAUUCCAUUGUUCAUCAACCUCCCCCUACUCCAGCGACCAAAGAAGGAGUUGAUCGCAGAGCAGCUUAGGACUCACAGGUUCUCGGAUUCGCAGAUCGAGGAGAUGGAGUUGCACCGCCAGUUCGUGUUGAUCUGCGAUGGUUACGAUGAGAGCCAGCUCAAGUCGAACCUGCACACCACCAAUGACCUCAACCGAUAUGGACAACGCGACGCCAAGUUGAUCAUCACUUGCAGAACUCUGCGCCUUAGCCCUGACUAUCGCGACUUAUUCGCGCCUCAAGGGGUUGGCCACUACGCUCGCCGAACCCUCGAUUUCUAUGAAGAAGCUGUCAUCGCCCCAUUCUCCAAGGUCCAGAUCGAAAGCUAUGUCGACCAAUAUGUCCGCUUGAAACCUCGGACAUGGACUACACACGAAUACAUGGACAAGUUGACCACCAUCCCCAACCUCCUGGACCUUGUCAGGAACCCCUUUCUUCUCUCGCUCUCUUUGGAAGCAUUGCCAGGCGUCACAAAGGGCAAGCAGGAUCUGUUGACUAUCAGGAUCACCCGCAUUCACCUCUACGAUAAAUUCGUACAUCACUGGAUGGAUGUCAAUAAACAGCGGCUCCAAGGAAACACUUUGUCCGAGGAAGAUAGUGUGGCAUUGGAGCAACUCAAAGAGGCUGACUUUAUUUCGAUGGGGAUCGACUAUUCCACGCGGCUAGCAGCUGCCAUCUUUGAGAUGCAGGACGGCAAACCGGUUGUCAAGUACAUUGACAUCAAAGACCGGAACACAUGGAAAGUCCAGUUCUUUGGUCAAGAUUCCGAGGUCCGCCUCCUGAGAGAAUCGUCCCCAUUGAUCCGCACCGGCACCUUGUACCGAUUUCUUCACCAAUCCAUGCUGGAAUAUUUUCUCUCCUGCGCCGUCUUCGAUCCUAUCCAACAAGGUGAUGACAAAGAAUUUGUUCCGCAACAGGGCUUCGGCUCGCCGAACGUCCAGCCACUCGACCCCAAAAGCCCCUUGUUCAAACGGAGUCUUAUUGCCGAGCCUUCCAUCAUCCAGUUCCUGUGCGAGCGAGUACAACAGCACCCUGAUUUCGAGCGACAGCUACAUUCUCUCAUUGAGCAAUCCAAGACUGAUCCUACAGUUUCUGUCGCUGCAGCCAACGCCAUCACUAUUUUGGUUUCAGCUGGCGCGCGCUUUAAUGGUGCCGAUCUACGAGGCGUCAGUAUUCUCGGAGCGGACCUCUCUGGAGGCCAGUUUGAUUCUGCACAGUUUCAAGGAGCCGAUCUGAGGGACGUCAUUCUCGCCAAGAGCUGGUUGCGAAAGGCUGACUUGAGCAAUGCGCGGAUGGAUGGCGUUCGAUUUGGAGAGUUACCUUACUUGGAGAGUCUUAAAUAUCCCUUCUCUUGUUGUGCAUUCCAGCUCGGUGAGACAGUGGUCGCCGUGGGCAGCGACGAGGGACAUAUCAACUUUUAUGAUAGCACUAGCUGGAUCAAACUUCGAACAAUCCAGCAAUCUCAACAAUCAUGGGUUCUCGGCAUUGAUUUCUCCCUGGACGGCAAGCGCCUUGCAACUAGGGACCAAGCAGGAAAAGUGCGAGUAUUAGAUCUUAGGAGCGACGAGAACGUAGUGGUGGUCAUGGAAGGACAUGUCGAGGGUGUGACUUCGGUGGCAUUGUCUCCCUGUGGCAAGCAGGUGGCAUUGGCCAACGAUGAGGGAGCGAUGUGUUUAUGGAAUAUAGAGUCUGGCAACGUCGACUUUGCCUUGAAAGGGCACACUAGUUCCGUGUGGAGUGUCAUGUAUUCGCCAGAUGGAGAGCAACUUGUCUCUGGCAGCGGGGACAAAACAAUUCGGUUCUGGGAUCCGAUAACAGGAAUUUCGAGCACCGUUCUGCAGUCGCCUGAUGAGGUUUCUUGUCUUGCUCUCUCACGAAAUGGACGAACGAUUGCGUCGGGUGGAUUCGGAGGCAACAUUCAGCUUUGGGAUGCAAUUUCCGGAGAGCCUGGUACUGUGUUCCGUGGCCACACUUCGACCGUCACUUGCGUCAAGUUCUCUGAAGAUGGCCAAAGGAUCGCUUCGUCCAGCUGUGAUAGGUCAGUGAGACUGUGGGAUGCGGCGACUAGUAUGCCCAUUUCCGUCUUGGGCAACCAUAACGACGUUGUCUAUGGCCUCUCUUUUUCUCCAAAUGAUCAACAAGUCAAUUCCGUGGGUGGAGACUCGAAGGUGCGCCUGUGGGAUGUUGAUGUCACCCGGUCAACCUCCGAGCCACAGGGCCAUGCUGGCAACAUUUUGAGCGUGUCCUAUUCAGCUGAUGGUCGCUCUAUCUUCUCUGCAAGUCGUGAUAAAUCUGUACGACACUGGAGUUCGACCACAGGAUCCACCGGUAUUAUUCGGCUCGAGGUUACAGAUUGGUCUGUAGUGGCAUUUUCAUUCGAUGCCACUCAAAUUGCGACUGGCGGUCAGAACGGGAUCAUUCGACUAUGGAAUUGUCAGACAGAAGCGGCAGAAGGAAUGAUGCAAGGACCCACUGGCAGUGUGCAAUCGUUGGUCUAUUCGCCUUGUGGUCGCUGGAUACUGUCCUCAAGCUUGACGAUGGACGUUGGACCUAAGUCUUCGUAUAGAUACCCCACAGCUCGAUUGUGGAACCUUGAAAAGGCCCAGCAAGAAUGUACUCUCCCCGAUUUACUCAUAGAUGGUCGAUGCUCUCCCUAUUUUACAGCAUUUACAUCGACUGGGUCCCUGCUGGCGAUUGGAGAUUUCGACGGCAUAGUCAGCCUUUACGACACACACACCAAGGCACGUGUGAAAGUAAUUAGCAUCGAAGAAUAUGCCCUAUAUGCAGUGGCAUUCUCUCCAAGCGGUAAACAACUUGCCAUAUGCUCCCUAGCCUCAGUCUACCUUUGGGACCUUCAAUCAGAGCAGCCAACGUUGAAACUUGAUUACCACGUCUUCCGAGGUCUCUCCUUAUGCUUAUCUUACUCGCCCUGCGGAAAGUGGCUCGCUUCUGGCUGCGAUAAGAACACCCUGGGACUCUGGCGACGAGACGCUAGUGAGACAGAGAGUUGGUCUUGUGUUACCGAGGUUCGCGAGUUCUCCGGGUUCGUUGGAUGCAUUGCCUGGAACCCGACCGGCACCCUGGAGUUUGUCACUGGCAGUGAUGAUCAUGCGGUUCGAGUUUGGCGAAUAUCGGACGAUAAUGGGAGUGCUUCUGUAAGACUGAUCUGGGGUUCUGAUGCCGGGUUUCUGUGUCUUUCGGGCGUGAUCUCUGCCAGCGCGAUCGGGCUUAGUGCGGUGAACCAGCAGUUGCUUAUCCAACGGCGUACUGUUGAUGUGAGCUCGGCUCUGGAGGAGGACAAAGGCACUAUUGAGGAGUAG